AUGGCUUCGAUAAUGCCCCCAAUUCCACGAGCAUUCUUCCUCUACGGAGAGCCAUGUCUAGUCUUCUUCGGCGGUUUUCUCAACCCAGUCCUCAAUCCAACCGCCAUUACCUCCUUACUCCCACCCCACCUAGCCGGCCGAGGCACAUCAGACCCCUACCCAACCCCAAUGGAACACCUCCUAGGCCUCCAAACAGCCACAAUGAUGUUCAUGACAGUCCUCCUCAACAUCACGAUAAUGCUUUACGCCAAGAAUCCGAAAGUAGUCCAUGGGUUCGUCCUUAGCUCUGCUAUAACUGAUAUCCCGCAUUGGGGAUCUUUGAUCUACGUGCUAGGCUGGGAGGGACUAUCGCAAUGGCGAACAUGGGAUUCCUCGCUGUGGGCGCAGUUUGCUGUCCCGGCGUUUACUAUGUGUUUCAAGCUUGGGUAUUUGACUGGUGCAUUUGGGCCUGAUAGAUUGGAGAGCGAGGAUACUAGCAAGAAGCAAGGAAAGAAGUCGAAUUGA